AUGUCGCUCGAGGGUAUGACGAACCAACCAGGUCCAAUCAAUGAUAAGACAGUCCUCCAUAUGGACUCCAGAAACGGUAGUGAGAUCAAGAGAAAGAGAUUUGGCCACGAAACCCAGAACUUUAGUUUCAAUGAAGGUUACUUUGCCAAAAUUGCUGAUAAGCAAGAAGUAAUCAUGUAUGAUUUGUUUUACAAUAAAUGCAAAGGUAUAGUAAAGCCAUACUUGCUUCCAAAAUGCUUGGGAACAGGUUAUUUUAAUGAGGGUAACACAGCCUUGAAGUCUGGCGAUCCAAUUGAAGUAAUGUUUACUUCAAAGAUGACAUCCGAGCCUCGUGAUGGUCAUCCAGCCAUGAUUUUCCAGGCAGAUUUAACUCAUGGUUAUGAGAAGCCAUGCUUAGUUGAUUUCAAGAUCGGUUUAAGAUCAUGGAGAGUCGGCUCUUCACAAAAGAAGUCAACAAGAAGGCGCAAUAAAUUAUAUACUGAGCCAACAAGAACUCUGAAGUAUCAUAUCAGAGCAGCUAUGUGGUAUGGCUCCAGUGAUGAGAAGUUCUAUCAACACGAUGAGCUUUGCUACGUUGAGAGAAAUUUCGGUUUCUUCUGCACAAAAGAAGAACUUGAUGUUUUCAUGCAUGAGUUCUUCAAAUACCCACAGCAGAUCCCAACCUACAGAAAGAAACUUGAGGAACUUGCAACUGCAUUCCAAAAGUUCCAUGACACAAUUGGUCUUCGUAUUUACAGUGGUUCUGUUGUCGUUGUAUACGAUGCAGCUCACCCUGAAAAGUUUGACCUCAGAUUCCUUGACUUUGCUAAAGGCUUCUAUCAUAUCGAGGAAAUCGCCAAGAAAUUCGGUGAACCAUUAGAUGCCUGCGAAGAUUACGUCGUAGAAGGCCUUCGCAAUCUCUCAAAUGAACUCGGAAAACUUUUAGAACAGUAA